AAUCUUCUGAAUGAAAGGCGAAAACCCGGAACUAGUUUGCACGUGGUAAAGUGGAAAACACUGGGUUGUAUCGGUAAAGUGGAGUUACUUUCUGAAAAAGCAGAGGUGUUUUCACUAUGGAGGACCAGAAGCAGGUGCUGGAGAGGCUGCGGGGUGCUUUCCGCUCAGGUGUGACCCUUCCUGUCCACUUCCGCUUGACUCAGCUGGAGGCUAUGAUGUCACUGUUUGAAGACAAUGAAACACAGAUUUUAGAGGCUCUGCAUGAAGACCUUGCUAAGCCCAAAUUUGAGACAGUGCUGUCAGAGAUUGAUAUAGUGGUGAAUGACAUUUGCUACAACAUCAGCAACCUGCAAACCUGGAUGCAGCCCUCAUAUGUGGGCACAAACUUGGCAACAAAGCUGGAUGACUGCUUUGUGCGCAGGGAGCCAUUGGGGGUUGUUUUGAUUAUUGGAGCAUGGAACUAUCCUAUUCAGCUAAUUUUGUCACCUUUGAUUGGUGCAAUUGCUGCAGGAAACUGUGCUAUUCUGAAGCCUUCAGAAAUAAGUAAAGCAACCGAAAAACUUCUUGCUGAACUCAUUCCUAAGUACCUGUCCCAGGAGUGUUAUGCAGUCGUUUGUGGUGGAGCAGAAGAAACCAAGACAUUGCUUGAGAACCGAUUUGAUCAUAUCUUCUACACGGGCUCGCAGUCUGUGGCUCGCUGUGUCCUUCAGGCCGCAGCCGUGCAUCUCACCCCUGUUACUCUGGAAUUGGGUGGAAAAUGCCCCUGUUUGAUAUACGGCCGGUUGGACAUGAAAGCUGCUGCUAAGAGGCUGGUGUGGGCCAAGUUUUUCAACUCUGGGCAGAGUUGUGUGGCUCCAGACUAUGUUUUAUGCACUGAUGAGGUGAAAGAGAUGCUGUUACCUUUCAUGAAAGAGGCUCUGGAGAGCUUCUACGGAUCUGAGCCCCAGGAAAGCCCAGAUUAUGGCCGUAUUGUGACAGACAGACACUGGAACCGACUGAUUGAGCUGAUGAAAAAGUCUGAGGGUAAAAUAGUAAUAGGAGGAGAGAGUGUCAAAGAGACCAGGUACAUUGCUCCCACUGUGAUCGUGGAUGUAAAAGGAACUGAUGCAUUAAUGCAGGAGGAGAUUUUUGGCCCCAUCCUGCCCAUUCUGACCAUCAAGUCUCUUGACGAAGGAAUCAAUUUCAUCAACGAGAAAGAAAAGGCUCUGGCACUCUAUGCCUUUUCUGAUGAGUCUCAGGUCAUCACUACAGUUCUUGAGAGGACCAGCAGUGGAGGCUUCUGUUCCAAUGAUGGAAUCGUUCACAUGACUCUUCCUGGUUUACCCUUUGGUGGAGUGGGUGCCAGUGGGAUGGGCAACUAUCAUGGGCGUUGGGGUUUUGAGACGUUCAGUCAUAAGCGUGGCUGUAUGCUGAGAGGCUGGGGGCUGGAGCGCGUCAAUGUGCUGCGUUACCCUCCCUACACUGAAAGCAACCUCAGUUGGCUGCGCUGGGCCACCACCGCCAAGAAGAAGGGCUGGGGAGGAUGCUCUCUUAUGUGAGAAAUUAAAGAUUUACACUUGCCCAGGGAACAAAAAAAGCCUCCGUUUCACCAAGGUUUGGUUACGCAAACAUCAUUUGUGGAUUUUUAUUUACGCAUCAUGAUUGAAAACUCCACCAGAGGUCAGCACUGAGAAAAGUGACUUCUUUGGGAAAACAUUACUUCAUCUUUAGUCACAUUUUAGGAUUUAGAAGUAUCAGCUAGAGACCAAAAAUGAAUCAUCCAUAUUUGUUACCAAACACUACAGUAAAAUAAUGUACAUUUAUAGAUAGCAUUAUAUCAGGGUACUAAGGUCAUUUGUUUUUGUUUGGUUUUUUUACUGUUACAUAUUUUGCAAUGUAGUACAUAAUAGUUUAAUAAAAUGUGUAGGAUUCUAGCAUUUGUAAGUUGUUUAAAUAAAUAUGACUACAGAAAUAAAGUCUUAUAAAUGUG